ACCAAAAAUGGGGCCACUACCUCGAGUUCGACUGACUCCGUUUCUGCGACCAUUUACUUUUGUCGGCAUCGAUUAUUUUGGACCAUACCUAAUUAAAAUCGGAAGAUGUGCUGUAAAACGUUGGGUAGCGCUUUUCACCUGCCUAACGGUCAGAGCAAUUCAUCUGGAGGUGGCAAGCAGUUUGUCGACGGAUUCGUGCAAAAAGGCAAUCCGCCGCUUCAUCGCUCGCAGGGGUGCUCCGCAAGAGAUAUAUACCGACAACGGAACCAACUUCGUCGGGGCGAGUAGAGAAUUACAACUGGAGUUGAAGAAGAUGAAUGGAGAGUUGGCCAGUACAUUUACAGAUGCGUGUACACAGUGGCGCUUCAAUCCGCCCGCGGCACCACACAUGGGGGGCUGUUGGGAGAGAAUGGUGCGGUCUGUGAAAGUUGCACUGGGUUCUCUUCCAAGCUCACGAAAACUUGACGAAGAGUCUUUUGUCACGUUGCUAACGGAAGCAGAGCACAUGAUAAACUCUCGCCCACUGACCUUCGUACCGUUGAGCACAAUCACUGAUGAAGCACUUAGUCCUAACCACUUUUUGAUGCUCAGCUCGAGUGGGGUGCAACAGUCGAUAAAGAGUCCGGUUGAUGAGGGGGCUUCAAUUAAGGGGAGUUGGAGCAUGAUUCAAUACACUUUAGACAAGUUCUGGCGAAGAUGGAUCCUUGAGUAUCUACCCACUAUAACGCGAAGGACUAAGUGGUUCGACUGCGUACGAGCGAUUAAGGAAGGGGAAUUAGUGUGGAUUGUAGAUGAGAACGUGAGGAAUAAGUGGCUUAGGGGUCGCGUAAUACGGACGUUUCCUGGCAGAGAUGGAACGGCACGUCGGGCAGAUGUUCAGACAUCAUGUGGAAUAUUGCAGCGACCUAUUGCCAAACUUGCUCUGAUUGAUAUUGGUGUGAGUGACGCCGAAACUAACAUUCAGGCGACACGCGGGGGAGGAUGUUCGGUACAAGUAGGUGGAAAAACGCCCCUCGUAGACGACCACGAAUCUGAGCCAAAAAUCAAACGUUGACAUUCGGUUGACACCGUCACAGUGAGCUGUCAGAUAACGUGUCACAACCCAUCACUUUGACAAAUUCAUUGAAAUUAAUAGGAAGCAGGAGAUUAAAACCUAAAUUAAAAUUAAAUACUAUUUUCGGAAGCAAUUUCUGUUCAAUUAAAAUAAAUCGGAGACUAGAUUCUUUAGCUGAAUACUCUAAAACCGGGUGUUCUGCUGCGAGAAUUCCGAAAUCAUCACGAACAAUAACAUAGUAAAAAUAUCGAAAAAUUCUUUUAAAAAACUGAUUGAUUUUGUUGUUCAUACAGAGUUGAAUUAACCG